CUGCUUGAUUUUUCUUCUUUGUUGCCUCUCUCUCUCUCUCUCUCUCUCUCUCUCUCUAGAGUGGUAUAUAAUUUUGCUAUCUCUGAGGAAAUCUUCAGAAUUUGUGAUUUGUGAAUAAAAAUGGCAAGGAAGCUCAUGAAUGCGGUUCAGUAUGACUCUUUUGGCGGAGGAGUUGCUAGUUUGAAGCAUGUCGAAAUUCCUGUUCCUGCUCUGAAAAAGGGUGAGAUUUUAAUAAAAAUGGAAGCAGCAAGCUUAAAUCCAGUUGAUCUGAAAAUUCAGAAAGGCCUCAUGCGUCCUAUUCUUAUUCCUCGCAAACUUCCUUUCACACCUGCAACCGACAUAGCUGGAGAAGUAGUGGAGGUUGGAACUGGAGUCACAAAAUUUAAAGCUGGUGACAAAGUUGUAUCCUAUCUUGGUCUUUCUAGUGGAGGUGGACUAGCUGAGUUUGCCGUGGCUAACGAGACAAUGACAGUUCCAAGGCCACCUGAGGUAUCAGCAGCAGAAGCCGCGGGCUUACCUAUCGCUGCUAUUACAGCUCAUGUUGCCCUUACCCAACCUGCAGGGGUCAAGCCCGACGGAACAGACCCGAAAAAAAAUAUUCUGAUCACGGCUGCCUCUGGUGGUGUCGGUCACUACGCAGUUCAACUCGCAAAGCUUGGAAACACGCAUGUGACGGCCACUUGUGGAGCUCGCAACCUCGAUUUUGUGAAGAGCUUAGGUGCCGACGAGGUAAUCGACUACAAAACACCCGAGGGGCAAGUUCUGAAGAGCCCAUCGGGCAAGAAAUAUGACGUUGUUGUCCACUGUGCCGGGGGCUUUCCUUGGUCAACUUUCGAGCCUAUUCUGAGCACAAAUGGGAAGGUAAUUGAUUUGACUCCCAGUCCGAGUACCAUGAUGACUUUUGCACUAAAGAAACUCACAUUCUCUAAGAAGCAGCUUGUGCCACUCAUUUGCGUACCCACAGUUGAGAACCUUGAGUAUGUUGUGAAGUUGGUGAAGGAAGGGAAGCUUAAGACAGUGAUAGACUCAAAGUAUCCUGUGAGUAGGGCUGAAGAAGCUUGGGCUAAGAUCAUGGAUGGUCAUGCUACAGGGAAAAUCAUAGUGGAGUUCUAAGGAAUGGUUUGGGAUGAUUUAAAUAAGUGUAAUUUUUUACUUUUUAUGAAACAUGAGGUGGGUAUGGGUUGGGUUUGAAGUGAUGUGAUCGAGCGGUGAUACAACUUAAAUAAGAUGAUGUGACUUAAAUAUAGGAUAGUGACUUUUUAUCUUUUUUUAAGUUAUGACAAAUAAGGCCUAAGAUAUCAUAAUAUAUGUAAUUAGUUUGGUUGUUUUGUUUUUGUUUAUGUCAUUAUAGAAGAGGGUAUGAAUGUGAUCUAUGUUUUAUACAUGAAUGAAUGUGUUGUGUACUGCAUUAAGUUAGUUAA